AUGUCUUUCAGAUACCUCGCCACCCUCGCCGUUCUGGCUUCCGUCGCCCUGGCCAAGACUGACCUCGACGGCUGCACAUCAUCCGACUCGGUUGUCACCCCGGCCAACGGCGGCACCCCCUACGCAACCCGCGUCUACUUUGUCCCCGACACCGGCGAGAUCUGCGCUGCUCUUGACUGCGGUGGCGGCCGUGCUCCGCCCAAGACCACCGUGCCCGGCUGCCCCUCCUACGAGGGCACCGAGACCUACUCCCCUUCAUUCUUGCCUAUCAAGACCAGCGCCUCAGUCCCGGCCCAAACGUCUCAAGCCCCUGUGACAACCCCGGCCCCCGGAAAGACCAGCGUCACCGCUGCUGUAGAAAGCAGCACGGCGAAAGAUAUCAAGUCAGAGGACAUCAAGUCGGUGACGGGUACCGACACACUUCUCGUUGUCGCCACAUCUGAUGCCAAGCCCAGCAACGGCACGCUCUCCGUCACCGCCAAAGCUGGAACUCGGACUGCCACCAACGGCGCAUCUGGAGCUACGACGGCAGCAACCAGCGUUCCCAACGCCGCCGCCCCUGUCGGUGUAUCGCACAUGUAUGGUAUUGCGGCAGGUGUAGCACUGGGAGCGGCUGUUUUGCUGUAA